AGCGGGCGGCGAGCUACACGCUUGAAACCUGGGAUCGCGAUGGGUGUCUCGCGCGGAUGGCUGGUCGUAGCGGCAGCCUCCGUUAUCAAUGUAUUCUCUCUUGCCGUGAUGCGGUCAGGCGCCAUAAUUUACGUUGGGAUUGCGAGCACAUUCGGAGUGUCCCGGGAAGACGCCGCCUGGCCGGUCUGCCUCGCUACCGUUUUCAACUUGGCGGCAGGUCCCAUCACUGGAACCCUAGCCCAGCACUUUCAGAUAUCGACACUCCUGGUUGUAGGCUGCUUUCUAGCUUCCCUUCCGGUCUGCGCCAGCUACUUCGCCAACGGGGUGCCCUUCCUCAUCGUAAGCCUGGGGAUCUUGCAUGGGUGCGGUUUGUCCCUGCUAACGUUGGGAUAUGCUGCCGUCAACCAGAGCGUCACCAAGAAUAAGGCGCUCGCAUCGGGCAUCACCAUCGGAGGCUCUGUGGUCGGUGGCAUUAUCUUCCCGCCUGUCAUGCAGUUCCUUUUUGAUGAGUACGGGACAAAAGGUGGCCUCCUUGUCUUCGGCGCCAUCAUGCUCAACUCUACGGCAGCAGCGCUCUUCACGAGGCCGUCUUGGCGACGGGACGUCGUACCACGGGACUUGGAAAAAAGCACGCAAAUUCCCACAACUACGCACCUCUCCGAGGUCGCGAACACAGGCAUUUAUGAGGCCAACGGUGAUGCCCAAGGACUGGGAGAUAACGUGCUCAACUACUGUGAUAGCAACUCGUUGAGUAGCUGCAACGGGACAGCGGGUCUCAAUGCGCCUCUGAAUAACAGUGCAUGUAAAAAGAUAUCUACGUGUGAAAGAGUUGUCGUUGCCGCGGUUAAGCCUCUACGCGGCCAGGCUCAGCGACCUCCACCGAACACUUGGGCGAAGUGGCUCUCCUUCUUGAAGAAUCCGAGGUUCUACCUCGUCGCUUAUACGUUGGGUCAGAUCUGGUACUUAAACACGACGCUUCUCACGGUAGUGGUGGACUUCGCGGUGGAGCGUGGGAUCCCCAAGUGGGACGCCGUCUCGCUUGUCACGUUCAUAACCGCGCCCGAUCUUGUGUCGAGAUUCGUGUCGGGGCCCAUAACCGACAAAGGUCUUCUGAGGAAGAGCGCUAUGAUGGUCCUGUGCCUAACAGCGAACGGCAUCGCUCAUCUACUUAUGCCGUUUUUUGACUCGUACCCUGCUCUGGCGGCGCUCUCGGCGCUCUCCGGGUCGUGCAACGGCGUCGCUGUGACGCACAUUUUCGUUCUGUGCGGGGAGCUCGUCGAUCCGGUGACCUUCGGCCUGUGCAUGGGCGCUGCAAAUUUCGGGGCUGCGUUUGCGCUGCUCGAGAGGCCACUCAUGAUCGGAUAUUGCCGGGACAAGCUCGGAAGCUACGACGGUCUGUUUUAUUUCAGUACGGGCGUAGCCUGGAGCAGCGCAAUCCUCUGGCUCAUUGCAUACUUCCACGAGAGGCGAACCACGAAGAAAAAAAUUACGCCGAAAGCAACCGAAUGCAAGUGGUGAUGCUAUUCUCCAGGAGAGAAAAAAUGUAGAAACGCCGCAGUGCUUCUUCUUUUUCAGACGUGAUAGACGAGAAAGACCUGUGAGAAAAGGCCAGCCAACUCGAAAACGUUACCCCAGAAAAAGCACAAAAGAUGAGAUAAUGAAAUUACGCCGUCACGUGGGUACAUACACGAUCUAGUAAACGGAAUGCUGUCCGCUUAUCUGACUGUCCUACGUCUCUGAGAAACUCAGCUGGCCGUCUGGCUUCCGCGCUAGUGCUCAUAAUGUCACGCUUGCGCACGCUCAACUCGCCUUCAAUUUUCUGGUAUAUGCCACUAAAAUGAAUGAAAUCCGCCCAUUGUGCAAGAAAAAAACACAUGAGCAAACCUCCGUCUUUUCGUAGAGUCGACCGAUACUCUAACCUACGAUAGCACGCCUGCUCCUCUCUCGCCAAAGUCGCUCUUCGAAACGUCUCGAGCGUGCGGAUCACAUGGCACUUUCUUUUGUUUUUCCGUCGCGACAGCUCAGGCUUUGAGACGUUGACGCAGGUGUUACGGCAGAGGAACGCGCCACCUUCUGUCUAAAGCCUGCCCAUAAUGCAGGUAACAAGUAGCACUUAUAGCGCAACAUUGCCGGCAAGCCAGCAGGCACAGUCGUCGGUCCUUGAAAUAUGAUUCUUACGGGUCAACUGCGUAAGCCUGUUCAUACAAGUAUGACGGAAAACUCCAAAAUAGUCGAUUAUUUUCGCUUACUUUGAAUAAUUUACUCGUAGAUUAGCUUCGGGCACGCAAUUUUAUUUGAGAAGGCGCUUUGGCUGCGGAGUCCCGUUGCAGCAUUCAAAACAAUACGAAUACACUAGGCGCACCUUGCACCUGGCAGCGAAUUGAUAACAGUGGCAAUAUGACGAAGAACAGUACCCGUCGAAAAGCUCCA